UUGAUUCAAGAAUAAAAAACAGAGAGAUUUAAAAACAGAGAACCUCUCCUUAGAUUUAAGAAAAUCAUGGAAAGAGUGAGAGCUGGUGAGCAAGAAGAAGAAAGCAAUAAGUCCAGAAUGUUCUAUAUCGAGACCAUGAAGGAUCAAAACUCUUAUUCCCCACAAGUCAAGAAAUGGAACUCUGAUUAUGCCUUGAGAGUUGAAGAUCCAGACAUUGAUGAUGAAACUGUUUUCAAGAAAAAUCCAGCCUUAAGCGUCCUGCCAAUAUUACCGCCUCUGUUUAAAGACAAGACCCCUCAGAUGUCUGAAGCAACCGACGAAGAGUUACAAGAAGAAGCAGGCAAGAGAGAUAAUAUUUGUAUUUUCUUGUGCAGUACGUUAGGUUUCUUGAGGAUUAAGUUAGGGUUUCUGAUUUAUUUAUAUGCAUUUGUUACAGAAAAGGAACAUAUGAAAGAAAGGUUUGCGAAACUGCUUCUAGGAGAAGACAUGUCAGGAGGAGGCGAAGGUGUGUCAUCAGCAUUGGCAUUAUCAAACGCAAUCACAAAUCUUUCAGCGUCUGCGUUUGGAGAGCAAAGGCGUUUAGAGCCAAUCUCUGAAGAUAGAAAAGAACGGUGGAGAAGAGAAAUCGGAUGGCUUCUCUCUGUUACUGAUCACAUAGUUGAGUUCUCUCCAACACAACAAAUAAACAAAGACGGUUCUUCAAUUGAGGUAAUGACUACAAGACAGAGAACAGAUCUUGUCUCCAACAUCCCUGCUCUCAAGAAACUCGAUGUGAUGCUCACUGAUUGUCUUGAUAGUUUCAAGGAUCAGGAUGAGUUUUAUUACAUCACAAAUGAUUCUCCUGAAUCUUUAACUAGUAACUCAACCAGGAAUGAUGAUAAAUGGUGGCUUCCCACAGUGAAAGUUCCAUCUACAGGCUUAUCUGAAACGUCUAAAACGUUUCUACUGAAUCAGAAGGAGUGUGUGAGCCAAGUUCUUGAAGAUGCAAUGGCCAUAAACGCUGAAGUCUUGGCUCAAAUGGAGAUCCCUGAGAGCUACAUUGACUCACUUCCUAAGAAAGGGAGAGCUAGUCUUGGAGACACAAUCUACAGAAUGUUAACACUAGACAUGUUUGAUGCAGAGCAGUUUCUUCUUGAGAUGGAUUUAUCAUCUGAGCACAAGAUUCUAGAACUAAAGAACAAAAUCGAAGCUUCGGUUGUGAUAUGGAAGAGAAAGAUAGUGCAGAAAGACAACAACAAGUCUUCAUCUCCAUUUAGUAUUACUCUUAGUAUGGAGAAGAGACAACUACUAGAAGAAAGAGCAGGAACCAUCUUGUUUCUUCUCAAACAAGUUUACCCAGGGAUCUCUCAAUCCACACUUGAUAUCAGCAAGAUACAAUUCAACAAAGAUAUAGGGUUAGCUAUAUUGGAGAGUUAUUCAAGAGUUCUUGAAAGCUUGGCUCACACGGUACUGUCAAGAAUAGAAGAUGUUCUUGAAGCUGAUCAGCUAAUACACGAACCUGAAGUCACGGUUUGUAAGGAAACAGAGAGUCCUAAGAAGGAAGAAGAAAAAGACUUUUGUCUUUUGGAGGAGAGACCUAAAAAGCAUAAAGCUCCUAUUUCAUUGUCACAGGUAAUGCAAUGGAACAUGGAAGACUAUGAGCAACAGAAGAAAGACAAAAACGAAACACCAUUCAAAGAUUCAAGCAAGAAACUGUUGACAAGAGUGUCAAGCAUGAUCAACAAGAAGACUAGUUUUUAUCUUGAAUCUCUUGGAACAACAAAAAGUCCAACCGCAGGGAGAUACUCUCUUUUGUAAAGAUAGGGAAAGAAGAAACGUUUUUAAUGUAACAUAGAAAC